CAAAAAAAUAUUUUUGAUAUCUUUAACUAAAAAGGCUGGUAUCCAAGUUAACAAAUAUAUUUAAUGAUGACAAGUAAAGUAUGACAACCCUACAAAAACUAACCUACGAAUGAUGCGUUUGAUGUUGUUGUGUCAAUAAAGUGGAUUUUAAGAGAACAAUAAAUAGUCAAGUUUCUGUACGAUGCCGCCGCCACCGCCGCCAGGACCAAUGGGGACUGGUACCAUGCCCCCGUCACCUAUGGGUCCACCUGGGGCUGUACCGCCACCUGUAACUUCAUCUAGCGCUCCUGCGGCCGUUCCGCCUGCGAUGCCUCCUUCAAUGCCACCUGCAAUGCCUUCUGCUAUGCCUCCUUCAAUGCCACCUGCAAUGCCUUCUGCAAUGCCUCCUUCAAUGCCUUCUUCAAUGCCUCCUUCAAUGCCUUCUUCAAUGCCUUCUUCAAUGCCUUCUGCAAUGCCUCCUUCAAUGCCUCCUACGAUGCCGCCUGGUAUGGGACCACCACCGGGAAUGAUGGGAAUGGGUCCGCCUCCUCCUGGCAUGGGACCACCGCCUCCACCAGGUAUGGGGCCCCCUCCAGGUAUGGGAAUGGGGCCACCUAUGGGACCUCCGGGUAUGGGGCCGCCAAGAAUGCCGCCCAAUAUGAUGCGUGGACCUAACAUGAAAAGUAACUUCGGGAACCAAGGAAUGGAUAUGGGUCCACCUGGAAUGGGACCACCACCUAAUAUGCCCCCUAUGGGCUGGGAGGGUCAAGGACCUGCGGGCUGGGGAAGACAGGAUGGUCCACCUGGUUGGGAUGAUCAGGUAGAGGAAGGAGAUGAGGAUGAAGUUGAAGGAGAUGAUUCCAGUGGAAUGCACGGACCUCCAUCAAGCUUGCCAUCCCUGCUGACUAUGAAAAUUGAUACUCCUGAAGAGUUUAGGAACAAGCCGGCUGGUGUUGGGGGUGUUGUGCUUCCUAAAGCAUUGGAAGAAGCUUUAGCUUACAAAGACCAGAGACAGGCUGCUUUGGGAGAGGAAACAGAUGUAGCAAAAGAAACAGAGGAAGAACCUGAAGCUCCACCAGCUCCAGUGAUUAGUACAGAAUAUGAUGCAGAGGAGGAUGAGGGAGACUCGGAUGAAGAUAACAUUCCGGAUGCACCACAACCACCCAUCAUCUCUAAAGGAGAGGGUACAGCAAACAAAGCGAAUAAAAAUAAGAGAAAGAAAAAGAAGAAGAAGGCAGCCAGACAGAAGAGACGAGAGGAAGCUAAGAAGAAAGAUGAUGACACCGCCACAUCAAGUCAGGAAGAUGGCAAGAAAUCCAGUGACAAGGAGAAUGAAAAGGAAGUGGAAAUAGAAUAUGUACAAGAAAACAUUCAGUUCCAUGAGUUGGAGCCUAUGUAUCGUCAGUUCCAUCGCAUUCUGGAGGCAUUCAAGAUCACUGAGAAGAAAGAUGAUGCCAUAAAAGAGGAAGAUAAGGAUGCUCCCAAACCUUCGAAGCCUCAAGAGAAGGUGCAGGACCAGUUUGCUGCUGAUGAAGAGGCAGUGGAGAAAAACGCAGCAGAUGAAAAAGAGAGGCUCUCAAAGCGUAAGCUGAAGAAGUUAUCGCGGUUGUCUGUGGCCGAACUGAAGCAGCUGGUGUCGAGGCCGGAUGUGGUCGAGAUGUAUGACGUCACGGCGCGUGACCCCAAGCUGUUGGUGCAGUUGAAAGCACACAGGAACACCGUGCAAGUACCACGGCAUUGGUGCUAUAAGCGAAAGUACCUUCAAGGCAAGAGAGGUAUUGAGAAACCUCCAUUCGAUCUCCCCGAUUUCAUCAAGAAGACUGGUAUCAUGGAAAUGAGGGCCUCCCUACAGGAUAAGGAGGAAACUAAGACUCUCAAAGCCAAAAUGAGGGAAAGGACCAGACCAAAACUUGGCAAAAUUGAUAUUGAUUAUCAAAAACUUCAUGAUGCAUUCUUUAAAUGGCAAACCAAACCUCGUAUGACAAUACACGGCGACUUGUACUAUGAAGGCAAAGAGUUCGAAACCAGACUGCGCGAGAAGAAGCCCGGCGACCUCUCCGAGGAACUGAGGACUGCGCUCGGUAUGCCUGUAGGACCAGGCUCACAUAAGGUGCCUCCGCCAUGGUUGAUUGCUCAGCAGCGUUACGGUCCGCCCCCCUCGUACCCCAACCUGAAAAUACCCGGGCUGAAUGCACCCAUCCCCGAGGGCUGCGCGUUCGGAUACCACGCCGGAGGUUGGGGUAAACCACCAGUCGACGAGACUGGUAAACCCCUGUAUGGAGAUGUGUUUGGUCACCAGAGUAGCGGACAGGAUGAUGUUGAAGAUCUAGAUAUAGAUAGAACGAUGUGGGGUGAACUGGAAUCUGAAUCUGAGGAAGAAUCUGAAGAAGAGGAAUCCGACGAAGGCGAGAAGCCAGGUGAGGGUGAGAUGGCGGCUGGAGUGGCGACUCCUGGUGAAGGUUUGGUCACUCCGCUGGGUAUCAGCUCGGUGCCACCUGGCAUGGAGACUCCUGACACUAUCGAGCUCAGAAAGAAGAAGGUCGAAAGUGAUAUGGAAGGUGGCGACACUCCUGCUUUAUACCAAGUGUUGCCAGAGCGACGCGUCGGUCUAACUCCCGGCAUGAUGGCCUCUACACACGUGUACGAUAUUAGCGCGGCUAACCCUGGCAAGCGAGCAGCCCCAGCGGCUGCAGCAGGUACAACAAGCGAAAGCGGUGGUGGAUCCUCAAUGGGAGGCGUGGAGGUAGCCCUGGAUCCCUCCGAGCUGGAGUUGGAGCCCGAAGCCGUGGCUGCGCGGUACGAGCGGCACCUGCGGGAAACCAGGCCCAAGGCCCAUGAGGAUCUCUCCGACAUGUUGGCUGAUCACGUCGCUAGGCAGAAGAAUAAGAGAAAGCGGCAACAGAAUACGGACUCCAAGCAGUCGAAGAAAUACAAAGAAUUCAAGUUCUAAUAGUGAUAAUAGACAUAUUGCAUUAAUUUAUAUUGUAAGUGUAUUGUAUCUAUGUAUGUUAGGAUAUUCUCGGGUAUCCAGGGCUCGUUGUCUCGACAUUAACAACUCCGAAUAAAGUCGCUAAGUUAAUCUAUAUUUAGCGGAGGUGCGGCCCAAGAAUUAUGGCCGGGGGAGAAAAAGAAUGGGGUGGCUUUAAGUUAGAGUCUAACAGUCAUUCUCAUAACAUAGGAUCCGAGAAGCCAUUUCACUAUUUUUCCUAUUCAAAACAACUGUUAUUUUCGACGUAUUUCGCUUAACGGCUGGUUUUAGAUUUUAGUACGUGAUACUCUCGACGCAUUUUCCGUCAGAUGUGAAGAGAACCUUAUACUGCUUGUCGAGACUUCGAAAGCCCAUAUUAUUAUGAAAUAAUAGCAUUGAGGUUAUCAAUUCAUAUGUAACAACUAAUUUCAAUAAAGUAUGACUUCAAUGAUA